AUGCACACGAUCCUGCCGUUCGGGAAGCACAAGGGUAAGUCCCUCUUGGAAGUACCAGAAAGCUACCUGCGCUGGAUGUGUGACAAGAUGAAGGACGAGAAGAUCGGCGCGAUGGCCCGGCAAGUUCUAGAAGAAAUUACUAACAUUCCUCCUAGCGAUCGCGAGCUCGGAGGAAGUUCACGCAACGUCGUCCGCGGGGAGCCCGCGUUCGCGCGAGCGGAGGAUUGUAUCUCGACGCUGAGAAGCUUUCGUGGUGGGCUGAGUGAGGCCGAGGCUCUCCAUCGCCGGGUGCUCGCCAGUGGCACCGUGUUCUCGGCCAACAAGAGAUACCUCUCCAAUCUCAUCAUCCUCAUGUUUGCGAGGUGCCAGGGCGUCGCCGAAGCUCACAGAGUGUUCGCGAGCAUGGCUUCCCGGGACGACUACUCGUGGAACACCAUGCUCAAGGUCUUUCUCGACAAUCGAAAGUGGAGCGAUGCCCAGGAGCUCUUCCGCGAGAUGGAGGACGAGGGGGUGGUGGCCAACAAGAUCUCUUGCACGGCCAUGAUCGGGGUCUUUGCCGAGCAGUGCAAGCCCGAGGAUGCAAAGGCGGCGUUCGAUCGGAUCUCCUCGCGAGAAGUCGACACUGUCGCGUGGAACGCGCUCGUGAGUUGCUACUCCAAGUGUGGCCGCGUCCAAGAAGCCAUGGAUUGCUUCGAGAGGAUGGAAGGGAAGAGGGAUAUGGUGUCCUGGAACACGAUCCUCGCGGCUCUGGCGAGAGCCGGGCAGGACGAAGAUGCCCGAAACGUUUUCGCCAAGAUGCCCGAGUGGGACACCGUCUCUUGGAACUCAUGCCCUUCGCACGACGACGCAGAUGCCAAGAGAAAGUUCGAUGACAUGCAAGGUGGCAGAUCGAUAGUCUCGUUUAAUUCCUUGCUCAAUGCCUUCUCCAGAGCAGGGGAUUCAAAUGCUGCGGCCAGCGUCUUGGACAAAAUGCCGCAGAUAAACACCGCCAACUUAGCGGCAAUCGUUGAUGCUUAUGGGAAGGCUGGCGAGAUGGAACAAGCAAAGGUGGUUUUUGACAGUAGCCUCGAGUGGAAUUUGAUCUUGUGGACGGUGCUGUUGCGUGGAUACGCUCACAAUGGAUUCGUGGACGAAACGAGCAAAGCGUUUUGGUUGAUGCCUCUACACGACACUGUGGCGUACAUUGUUUUGUUAGGAGCUUUGGCCAGGCAUGGCUGCGCAAUUGAGUGCAAAGAAACAUUUGAUAUUGCCCCCAAGAGGUGUGUAGCAAUGUGGACUUUGCUCGUCACUGCAAAUACCAAUGCUGGGGAUUUUGUUGAAGCGGAAAGGGUCUUCUAUUUGAUGCCGCAAUGGGAUGCAACGGCGUGUACUACGCGCAUAGUCGAGAUCACCGGAAGAGAUAGCAUGAAUAUAAUCAAAGAAAGAUUCUUUUAUGCUGAGCAGCGGGAUGUCGUUCUCUGGACGGUUUUUCUUUCCGCCUAUGUGGCGAGCGGGGAAGUCGAGAUGGCCGAGCUUGUUCUAAGAAAGAUGGCAAAAACAAACACAGUUUCAUGGAACGCCAUGCUUUCAUGCUACGCCAGCCACGCUACGCCGCUGGAUUCCAAAAAAGCUUUCGACGGGAUGAUGGAGAGGAACUCGAUAUCGUGGACCUUGCUCGCUGCGGCAUAUGCCAGACAUGGGCAAAUUAGCAAAGCUUGCGAGGUUUUAGUGUUGGCUCCGUGCUGGCAAGCCGAGAUGCUCAACUCAGUGCUUGCGGGAUACUCGCGAAACGGUCAGGUCUGGGAGUCAAUGGAGCUUCUUCGGUUUAUAUCCAUGGAAGGAAUUGAGGUAAACGAGGUCUCGUUCGUUUGCCUCCUGGAUGGUUUUAGCCAUGUCGCGAAGGUGAUGGACGCGAGGGACUGCUUUCAUUUGAUGGUGGGAGACUACGCGAUCGAAGCUACAGAGAGGCACUACACUUGCAUGAUAGAUCUCUUUGGGCGAGCAAGACACUUGGACAAAGCCGAAGCUUUGAUCCUCGACAUGCCUUUCGUUCCGGACGAGGUAGCUUGGCACGCAUUUCUGGGAGCUUGCAGGAGCUUCAAUGACUGCGAUAGAGCAAAGCGUAUGGUAGAGAAAGCACUGGAAUUGGACUCAAGAAGCGGUUCUCUUCACGUCUUGUUGGCCAACACUCUUAGCAGUGGGGAUGGAAACGAAGACGAUGUAAAACUUGUCAAGGAGAUGAUGUUGACGAGAAACGUGAAGCGGAUUCCAGGGGUAAGCCGGGUGAGGGUCGGAGGCAAGCUUCAUAGAUUCGUUGUUGGGGAUACCUCGCAUCCCCAAAUCGAGAACGUUCACAAGGAGCUUGCGAGGCUGGAAGUACUCAUGAGAGAGGCUGGCUAUGUUCCAAAUACUAAUGUGGUGACGAUGCUGGGAGAUGACGGCGAUGAGGAGAGAGCGAAAGAGGAGCUUCUGUGCCGCCACAGUGAGAAGCUUGCGCUUGGUUACGCUUUCAUUUCUACGCAGCCUGGGACCAAAGUUGAGGUGACCAAGAAUUUGAGAAUGUGUUAUGACUGCCAUGACGCAACCCAGUUUUUGUCCAAGGUUGUUGGACGAGAGAUUGUUGUGAAGGAUGCCAACAGGAUUCACAGGUUUGUAGGUGGUGUUUGCUCUUGCAAAAACAUUUGGUAG